GUAACAAUCAAGAUAUGAUAACUGACACGUUUUAAUGUGUGAUCUAUGCAAAUCUAUUUAACUUCGCAGAGGAACAAUGUCCACACUAUUUUUUAUUGGGACCAAUGGAAGUGAGUAUGACAUUCAAGACCCUCCUUCCUCUUUAAAGCUAAUUUUUGUCACCUGUGUUUUAUUGUUGGUGAUGUAUACUUGUCAACAGAUGCGCAGAAAAAUCCACCAUGAACAGAGACAUUUUAACAAAACUAAUGAUUCGAGGACAAGAGAGGGAAAUGUGCCCGAAAAAUCCUUGCAUACAGCAGAAGAAGAAGAGAUAAAAAAGAGACGGGUUCGUAAAAAGAAGCCGCGAAAACAAAAUCAUGAAAAUGGUGAAGUGUUAAAAGACACAAGUAAAGAAAGAGAGAGAACCCCCGAGAACUGUGUUGAUGAUGAAGCUCCUUUCGUCAAAAGGCAAAACAAAACACCCCGAAGAGACAAGGAAGAUUUGGAGAGGAGACCUUCGGGACGUGACCAUGGUUGUGAAAUUCCUGACUUAUCUACUCCAGUGGAACAAGCAAAGUGCGGUAGAAGGCGUAAGAAAACCCCGCAAAGAGGAGGUCCCGAGCUAGAGAGCGCUUGCAAGCGAGGUGCUAAUGACUCUGAAAUUCCCCAAGUUUCUCGACCUGCUGAGCGUGACAAGAAGUAUGUUAAAAGACGUAACAAGUUUGUCGUAAGUGAUGGUGCUGAUCAAGAUGGUGGUGUCGUGAAACACACUGAAAAGAAGAAGGAAGAUACCGCUUCUAAGAAAGCCGUGGAGCAAGAUAAAGACGUCAAAAGGCGUAACAAACAUUUUAACUCAAAACAUGUUGAUGAGAGCAGGAAGGAUUCUGAAAAAUCCGGGGUGGUCGAUGGGGUAAGAGAUAUUGAUAAUCCCAGUGAUAAAAUUGUUUCUAAGGAUAAGAGGGAACGUGGAGUAAAUGGUGAUACGACCCAGGUUGAAGAGGAGAAAUAUGUUAAAAAGCACAACGGUGUUGUUACUCAAAAAAGGGCUUCUGACAAUCUAGAAAACGUAGACGCUGUGAAAGAAAUUCGUGAGGUCAAGAGCUCGGUGAAAUUAUUUUCGUCGAAGCUUUUUGAAAACGCCAUUGGUUCGGUCUGCGUAGUCCAUGACAAAACUACCAGAAGAGGGAAGAAGUUGCCGGGAAAUACGCAUAGACUACUUCAGGCUCACGACAGAGAGGAUUUCGUUGAGAAAGUCUUAAUUAAACACGCUGCGAAAGAAACUGAGCACUUGGAUGAGGUGCAGAAGCAGACAUUACUCGAUAGCGAGGCAAACAGGGUGUGGACGGGGAAUGUAUGCAGAGGUGAGAAUUCUGAGGAUUUUGAAAAGAGAAGCCGAGACGACGGUCGAUUGGGCAGUGGCGGUUCAUCUAUUGGAGCGAGACGAUGGAGGUCUGAUCGGCAUAGGACGACAAAUGGAAAAGAAAAUAAUGGACCAUACAACGGAGGAAGAAGAGGAACCGGAAACACUCUGAAAGAUGAUCCAGAAAGAAAUUUGGACGUUUACCCAGCAAGGCGACAUAGCGGUCACGUUUUCGGCAGAAAAGAAGAACGCUUCUCAGAAGAUCACGGCCUUCAAGCGAUGGAUCCAAGUGGGGAUAACAGAGAAUUCGAACAAGGCGCCGUUUUUGGGGACAAAUCUGAUACUCAGCCGGAAACGCAGAUAAAAAUCUUCUCGCAAACAGAAAAAGAGGUGGAAUCGCCGAUGAGACGGGUCCAAUUUGGUUCCUCAUCGAGUCGGCAAGACCUGCAGAUCACCUCUGAGAGGCAUUUCGUGAUCGAUCCCGAGGUACGAGGUAGAAUUGCCCAUCCAAAAUAUCCAGUGCGUGUGCCAGACAGACCGCUGGACAACUUAGACCUGAACGAUCCCAGCCGACGAGAUUAUCUGAAUUACACUCCAGGGCGGAACGUGUCUCGAGUAAACGGAUUAUUCGGUCGCAAAUGGGAGGAAAUGAUGGAUAGAAGACAGGAAAAGGAGUUCGCUGAAGAAGAUCGCAAGUUCGAGAAUGAAUCAGUUGUUUUCAUCCGCGACUGUCCUACUUUUAUGAUCUGGGGAACAUGCCACCGCGGGGAACGAUGCGAGCUCCGCCAUCCGUCCUACAGGUAUCUAGAGCGCGCGGCGCCGAGUCCUGCUGCAAAACCUGAGCCGGUACAGGAAGAACCCAAGCCGCAAAACUCCAGAUCUUACGCCGCCAUCCUGGAGAAGACUAAGUCUCCCGCAAACGCUGAUUUCGUCAACAUUGCUCUUUCUAAAGAAGGUUCGAGCGAGGGAAACUUCGAGGACGAAUGGCCGGCGCUCGGUUCCCCAGGGAAUGGGGAGGCUUCCAAAUCACGGAAGUUCAAGAGUACCGUUCAAAAUGAACUGAAAGUGCAGGAGCUUAAGAAUGUGUGUCACACGGAACCAGCUGUUGAAGGGUCCAUGAGUGGUCAAGCACAGAUUGCCAGUGACCAGCUCAUUGCUGAAACGUUACAGGUAGACGAGUACGCUGAGUUUAACGAUUUUAACGAUGACGAUUAUUUGUAUCCAGCUAAUCAAGAUCAGGAACUAAACGAGGAGGACUAUUAUAACGAGCAAGUUGAAGACACUCUUGAAGAUGACGAGAAUUCGUUUGACACUAGCGAAGUGGGAGGUAAAGCCGUCCAUGUUGAACGGUUUAACUCUUUCAACUUUAGCCCGUUUAUUAAAGAGAGCACUUCAGAUCGCGGUGAGGAGCCGGAAAAGGUGGAAGUCUCUACCACAUGCGAUAUCUGCAUGGACAGGCCUAAAGACGCCGCGUUGAUUUGCGGUCAUAGGUUCUGCUACCAGUGCGCAUUGCAGAUGCGUGCCGACGAACGUGUUUGCGCAAUUUGCCGACGUUGCAUUGUGUCUGUUAUAAAAACGUUCAACUGAGCUCGGAACGCGUUUUUGACCAACUGAGCCACCGUUCUUUCUGCACAGUUGGUAAAAGACAGCGCUUAAGACAUGCUCGUAUCCACUGAACGCACGAGCGUUAGGACUCAUGUUUUUCAUUAUGAAUAAGAUGUCUAUUUCUGAUAUGUGGUAAAUUUAAGAGAAGUGCCAGGUGAGUUUGCUUUUACGAUGAAUCGACCCAAAAACAUAAUUUGGUUGUUUUGCCUUAUCAGUAGGUUUCGUCUUAUAUUUUCGUACUAUUCUAGAUCUCACACCAUUUCAAACUUUUCAUGUGUACAACCUGUUCGAUAUUUCGUGUUGUUCUCCGCAGGCGUUCCUCGGGAUUUCGCGCCUUUUAUCCUUGAUCGUGCCAAUUUCGCGAAAUUUUAUUUUUUUGCUUUAUUUGCUCAAUAUGGCACUUCUUCGUAAACUGUUAUACGGUCCCCAAGGGUUUGUGCCGCGUUUCCUUUGUGUACCGCCAUGUUGGUAAGUUAUGGAAUUAUUUCAGAGAUUCAGUAUGUCUUUUUAAAGAAGAAGCAUAAUCUAAUAAACUCAUAUUGCUACGCACGAGAGAUCAGACAGUCUUCCAGCGUGACUCAUCCGCUAAAUUAAAUCUAGCGCCUCGUGUCCGUAAGAAAAAGAAAAUUUUGCAACUUUACUUGACUUAACCUACAAAUGCUCAUAAAAAAAUUGUUUGGAGAGGAAAAGCUACAGGAGAAAACUUCAAAUGGAGGCAAACAAACAUACAAAUAGUAUAUUUUAUUAACAUUUUCAGAUUUUACAAUAUAUUGACUAUAACUGCGUUCUAGAUAUCUAUGUCGUUUUCGCAGUGUGAAACAACGGCCUCUCUUAAUUUUCAUACUCAUUGUGUACUAGUGGGCAUUAUGAGUAGAUCGAAAGAAUACGAGGUCACAAAUUUUAGACGUGUCUCGAUGGUUGUUCAAAGCUUAUGUAUUUUAAUACGAGUAUGAGCGCAAUGCCUUCUUUGAAAAAGUAAGGUUUGAGCAGUGUACUCUUACUAAAGGAUUGACAAUUUAUCAACUAUUUUUGGCUAAAUUGAGGGUAUCAUGAAGGUUAUGCUGUAUAUUAAUGCUAUAGAAAAUUUAUAUUUUUCCAGCACGAAUAAUGUUGGUAAACUUCCAGUUGUUGUUAAUCAGAUCAACUUUAUAUUACAAUUAAAUUGAGUUAAAUAAUGUACAGUUCGACUAUAAUUGUAAAAAGACGGUUUGGUUUUCCAGCUGUUUCCGUGAAGAAGUGAUGCAAACUUCGGAAAUAAUGUUAAUAAAAUAUUUACUGGUUUGUA